AGGACUGUAAAAACAUCACCUCCAGCAUUGUCAUCAGUAUUUAGUAAAUAUUGCUACAGUAUAUUAAAAGGGACAUUUUCUAUCAAGAAUGAUUUGGAUCCUUCUGGGGAAAGGUGCUCUGCUAUUACUUUAUACCAUUACCAUUUUCAUCUCUUCCUAUCCUGUCAACUGCCAGGGCCAUUUCCCCAGGCUUGAAAAUAUAGGGGCUUUUAAAAAUGUCACCAUUGUGCCAUCACAAUCAACAUGUGGCAUACCAGAAAGGAAUGCCUUCUGUCAAAAAGCUGUGACAAAGGACAGCCUGCUUACUUGCACCCAGCAAUUUUGCAUUCAAGAAUGUGCCUAUAGAUCAUCUACUCCCUCCUAUGUAAACCUUUUUUCUGCAGGACUUGGGAUAUGUGUGACAGAAGACAAAAACAUUUUACGCCCAGGGUCACAGAGUGACUCAACAAGCUUUCUUUUUCGGAACCAAAGAGAUUGUUUUACUUCCCCUCCUCUGCAAGACCUUCGAUCUACUGGUCUAUUUACCUUAGCAGUGUGGUUGAAACCCGAGCAAGGCACUGUAAUGACUAUAAUUGAAAAAAGUGUAAGCAGCAUGUUAGUGUUUAUGCUGACUAUCUCAGAAGAAGAAACCCAGUUGCACUAUGGUGUACCAAAUGACAAGGAGUAUUCAGUGAGAGUAAAGACGCUGGGACGUACAUCUCCUGGUCAGUGGAUCCAUUUGGCUGUACAGGUCCAUAGUACAAGAGUCACUUUCUUCCUUAAUGGCUUAGAAGAAGACAACACUGCUUUUGAUACGAAAUUAUUGGCCAGCCCUAUUAUGAAUGUAAAAAAUAAUGCCAUUAUGCGAAUUGGACAGAGUUUAAAUGGGACGAAUCAAUUUAGUGGAUGGAUGCAGGAUUUUCGUUUCUAUCCCACAACUCUGACAAACAGAGAGAUCGUUGAAGUCUUUUCCGGCCAGAUGCCUCAUCUCCACACCCAGACAGAGUGCCGAUGUCCUAGUAGCCACCCACGAGUGCACCCAUUAAUAGAGAGAUACUGCAUCCCCAAUGGUGUUGAGGAUACAACCAAUGACAGGGUUCUUCGACUGAACCUAGAUGCCCAUCCUCUCCAUUAUAUAAAUGACAAUGAUAUCGGCACUUCCUGGAUUUCGGCAGUAUUUUCCAACAUGAGUCAACUGGAGAACGGAGUGACCAUCACCUUUGAUCUUCAGAAUGGACAGUACCAGGUUUUCUAUGUUAUUCUACAAUUUCUCAGCCCACAGCCCGAAGCUGUAAAAAUUCAAAGGAAAAAGAGUAACAGCUCAGAGUGGAUGGACUGGCAAUACCUUGCUAAGAACUGCAGGUUUUUUGGAAUGGAAGAUAAUGGACCUUUGGAAAAACCAGACUCUGUGAACUGUCUUCAGUUUCCAAGCAAUGUCCCCUACUCCCGUGGCAAUGUGACAUUCAGUAUUCUGACACCUGAACCGAACCGUCGUCCAGGAUACAACGAUUUCUACAACACACCAGCACUGCAGGAGUUUGUUAAAGCUUCUCAAAUCAGGAUACAUCUACAGGGCCAGUACCACACCACUCCGACUUCAGUCAACUUCAGGCACAGAUACUAUGGAGUGGAUGAAAUUACCAUUAGUGGGAGGUGUAACUGUCAUGGGCAUGCUGAUCAGUGUGACACAAGCCUUAGCAUCUACCGCUGUUCCUGCCUUCCAGAGAGCCACACCGAGGGAGAUAAUUGUGAACGCUGCAUGCCCCUUUUCAAUGAUAAAUCUUUUCGACCAGGAGACCAACUACAAGCUUAUAAUUGUAAACCAUGCCAGUGCUACAACCAUGCAAACUCUUGCCAUUAUGACCCAUCUGUGGAUGCCUUUGCUGGUGAUCAUUUCCGAGGCGGUGGUGGAGUGUGUGACAGCUGCCAGCAUAACACUACAGGAAGAAACUGUGAUUUGUGCAAGGAUUUUUUCUUCAGGGAAGUCAAUGCCUCUCUUUUUGCGGUGGAUGUGUGCAGACCCUGUGACUGUGAUGAAUCAGGCACCAUUAAUGGCAGUCUGCUCUGCAGUGGGAUUGGAGGGCAGUGUAAGUGUAAGCGACAUGUGUCUGGCAGAGAAUGCAAUCAGUGCCAGCAUGGAUUCUAUAAUCUACAAUCCUUGGACCCUGAUGGCUGCAGCCCUUGUAACUGCAAUACCUCUGGGACUGUCAAAGGAGAUAUUACCUGUCACCAAAAUUCAGGUCAAUGCCAGUGCAAGGCAAAUGUAAUUGGUCUUUUCUGUGAUCGCUGCAAAUAUGGCUUUAAAUUCCUGAAUGCUGCAAAUCACGAUGGAUGUGAACCAUGUAGCUGUAAGAGAAACAGCUCCCUUCACCAAUUUUGCAACCCAUUCAGUGGCCAGUGUGAAUGCAAAUCCAGAGUCAGUGGGCUACAGUGUGACACCUGCACUGAGAACUUCUAUGGAUUGAACACUACUGGAACCUGCUUGCCAUGCAACUGUAAUCCAUUUGGGACUGUUCUUGGUACCAUUUGCAAUCCCUGGACAGGCCAGUGUGUCUGUAAACCCCACGUAGUGGGACGGCAGUGUGAUACCUGCCUGGAUGGCUACCAUAGCUUGCAUCAGGGUGGUUCUUUAGGUUGUUUACCUUGUGACUGUGAAACAAACGGGACAGUUAAUGGGUCUUCUGUUUGUGACAAGUUAAUUGGCCAGUGUCCAUGUAAAACAAGCGUCCAAGGCCUGAGGUGCACCCAGUGUGCUCCACACUCCUAUAAUCUCACUGCUGCCAACCAAGAUGCUGGCUGUCAACAGUGUGAGUGUGAACCCAUGGGGACUGUGGCCAGGACAGUGUGCGACCCAGUAAGUGGACAAUGUGUGUGCCUGCCCACUCGACAAGGUAGAAACUGUAAUGCCUGUAAGUCAGGCUUUUAUCUCUCACAACUCAAUGCAACCAGUUGCCUGCCUUGUAACUGCCAUGCUGUAGGGUCCAUUGGUGUGGACUGCAGUGGUACCACAGGCCAGUGUGUCUGUAGAGAUCCCUCAGUGACAGGACGCAGGUGUGACCGGUGCUUGGAUGAGUACUUUGGCUUCAACCCUGAAAAUGGAAGAUGUGAUAUGUGUGGCUGUGACCGUGCAGGAAGUGUCAAUGGGAGUUGUCACCCACUCUCUGGAAAGUGUUUCUGUAAGCAGUUUGUGACCAGUUCAAAAUGUGAUGUCUGCAUUGCAGGAGCCAGUCAUCUGGAUCCUGGUAACUAUUUGGGAUGUAGUAAAUCUCCAGCUCAACAGCCCCCACCUACAGGGCAAAUCUUAAAUUCUACGGCAAUCGCCCUGUCAUGGAGCCCUCCAGAUUCUCCCAACACCAAUGUUUUAAAAUACAGAUUGUAUAGAGACUCCACAGAGAUUUAUACCACCGAGAUGCAUUACCCAUUUGAUUCCCAGGCCUUCAAUGAUACGAGUUUGUCACCAUACACUGUCUUUUCAUACUAUGUGGAGGCUAGCAAUGUUCAUGGCCAGACAAGAAGUACAUCUGUGAGUUAUAGAACAGAAGCUGGGAUACCCCAGGGAGAGCUCCAUCUCAGCUUGAUUGGUCCAGUAGGACCACAUAGUGCUUUCUUCAACUGGACAGCCAUUGAAAAUACAUCUGGGCCCAUUGAGAAGUACAUGUUGAUGACCACAAAUGUAGGCAGCAAUGAAAACCGUGUUCAUUAUGAGGGUCUUGAGACUCAGGCAGCUGCCACUGGAUUAAUACCCUUCAGCAGGUAUAACUUCACUGUCCAAGCUUGUACUGCUGGUGGUUGUGCAGAGAGCAACCUUGUCUCACUGGUUACAGCCCAGAUUUCACCUGAGUGCCAGGGUCUUCCUAGAAUUACCACCAUAAGUUCCACUGAGCUUCAGGUGGUAUGGGAUCCGCCAGAAGAACCGAAUGGAAUAAUAAUAAGAUAUGAGGUAUACAUGCGUGGGCCAAUAGAGCCUGGUCAAGAGGACAGUCAUCAUGAAAGAAGAGUUUUUUAUGACAGUGGGUGGUUGAACCCACUGCCCAUAGUGAGCUCUGCCAAUGAGAACGCCUUAACUCCUCCACAGAACAGCACCAUAGUGAGGGAUCUGGAACCAUUUUCCACCUAUCAGUUCAGAGUGUAUUCAGUUAACAUGGCAGGAGGAGUCUUCUCUGGAUGGUCCUCUGGAAGAACUGAGGAAGGAGUACCAGUGUACAUGUCACCUCCCACAGUACAGGCACUUUCAUCAUGUUCUCUGAACGUGAGUUGGAUCAAGCCCAAGGACAGUGCUACUAGAGGAAUUGUAACUGAGUACAGGGUCAAUAUCCAUGAAGAGCAGACAUCUAAUCAGUUUGCCCCACCUGUUAUUUCUCAAGUUCUUUAUACGGCUGCAUCACAUGAGUGGAUGUAUAUAGUGAAAGGCCUGAAGCCUUACAGAGUCUACAAUUUCACGAUCACUCUCUGCAAUAGACUUGGAUGUAUUACAAGUCUGGCUGCCUCUGGGCAAACACUAGCCGCUGCUCCAGCAAGAUUAAGUGCUCCUACGUUAAAGGGAUUCAACAUGUCAGUUAUUGAAGUGUCCUGGGACCAACCACAGGAGCUGAAUGGGCCUCACCCACUUUACCAGGUGGAGAGGACGGAUACAUCACUUUCUGACCCUCUUGUUCCUUUCCAAAGAGGAACCAGGUUUCCGGGUCAUGGUUACAUCAGGUUUCCAAGUUCAACUCUUCCAGUCAAUACUUAUUUUACAGGCAUUAAGCUGAGCUUCAGAACGAGAGCAGAAGAUGGGCUGAUUCUAUUGGCUAUAUCUCCUGGUGAACAAGAAGAGUAUGUAGUCUUGCAAAUGCGCAGAGGACGCCCUUUCUUUCUUUUUGAUCCCCAGGCAUCUCCUGUGGCAGUUAGUCCUGAAAAUGAUGAAGGAAAGCUGUAUAAUGACAACCAGUGGCACCAUGUGAUUGCUACAAGAAACAAGGCCGUGGGAACAAUCAUUGUAGACAAUCAAUACAGAGGAUCUGCUUUUGCUACAAGUGGUAACACUAUCAUCGGUGAGAACACUGGAAUCUUUAUUGGUGGUCUUCCACAAGGCUUUCUAAUUUUAAGAGACGAUACAGGACCCACCAAAUUCACAGACAGGAACUUUCUGGGCUGCAUCACCAAUGUGUUCAUUAAAAAGAUGGACUCUCCAGGUGAAGUGUGGGAGCCAUUGGACUGGGAGGGAGCAGAGGAGAUAGGUGGUGUCUAUCACAGCUGGGAAGGCUGCCCUACUCAAACAGUGGAAGGAGCUCAUUUCCUAGGACAAGGAUAUUUGGAACUUUAUCCAUUCGUGUUUGCUGGAAAAGGAGAUUUUGAGAUUUCCUUUGAUUUCAGAACAGACCAGCUGAGUGGCCUGCUGUUGUUUGCAUAUAAUGAAGCAGAACACGGCUAUGUGAUUGUGGAGCUGCAAAGUGGGACUCUGAGCUUCAUCCUUAAGUGGAAUCAUUACUUCACUCAAGUAAACCUGUGGGUUGGUCUGUCUUACUGCGACGGGACCUGGAACACAGUGUUGUUGAGGAAGCAGGGCUCAUCUGUGGAGGCCACCCUGAAUCAGCUUUCAGAGCAAGUAGCAGGGUCUGUGGAAGAGGAACUGAAUUUUAACUCACCCAUAUAUCUUGGAGGACUUCCAGCUGAACUUUACAAUUCCUUCCACAGUCUAGGUCUACAACAUGGUUUCGGUGGUUGUAUAAAGGAUGUUAAAUUCACACGAGGGGCUGUCGUAAACUUGGCGGCUGUGUCCAGCAGUGCUGUCAGAGUCAAUCUGGAUGGAUGCCUGUCAACUGACACCACAGUUAACUGCAGGGGAAAUGACUCCAUUCUGGUGUAUACAGGCAAGGAAAGAAGAGUACAAGACCAGCAUCUGCAGCCAUUCACUGAAUACUUAUACAGGGUCAUUGCCUCAAGUGAAGGUGGUUUGACCUCCAGCCCCUGGGUUCUUGGUCGCACAAGAGAAGCAGUUCCACAAAGUGUGCUGACUCCCUCCAGAGUUAGCAGUGUAAAUGGUUACCGUGCUGAGGUGAGCUGGGACGAGACUGCCGGGGUCAGAGGUGUAAUUGAGAAGUACAUUUUAAAAGCAUACAAUCGGGACAAUCCCAGCAUGCCUCCAAUCACUGCCGAAUUCCCAGGCAGCUAUCACCUGACAGGCAAUUUAACUGGCCUAGCUCCUUUUACAAACUAUAGCAUUACCCUAACAGUGUGCACCCUGGCUGGCUGCUCUGAGAGCUUCCAUGGAAGGAACAUCAGCACUCCACAAGAGGCUCCCAGAGAUGUAAAUCCUCCCAAAGCUGACCCCUAUCCUACUAAUUUGUCUCUCUUCUGGGGUAUUCCAUACCAUCCCAAUGGAAUUAUUACUGAGUAUAUUUUAUAUAAGGAUGGCAGUCUUAUCUAUAGAGGCAACCAGACCAUGUUUAAAGUAACCGGACUGGGUGUGUACACUCCUCACACCUUUGUACUGACAGCCUGCACCAUCGCUGGCUGCUCCAACAGCUCCCAGGUCACCCUAUUCACAGGGCAGUUGCCACCAACCCAUGUGGAUGAGCCCAUUCUCACUGUUCUGGACUCCCGGGGCAUACAUGUGCGAUGGCGAGCACCAAUAGAAACCAAUGGCAUUCUGGAGUACUAUACAUUAUACCUCUCUACCACAGAACAGAAAUUCUCAGUGGUGUACAACAGCUCAGAACUCUUUGAAGAUUACACUGUGCGCCACCUGUUCCCAGGCACCUGGUACUACUUUCAACUUGCUGCAUGCACUGGCGGAGGAUGCAGGCUGAGUAGUCCUAGCAUGGCCAGAACAGAGGAGAGCACACCUGAAAAUGUCCCAGCCCCCAGUGUGCAGUCCUUCUCCUCUGAUUCUUUCAACAUUUCCUGGACAGAGCCGAAGCAGCCCAAUGGUAUCAUCACCAGCUAUGGGCUGUACAUGAAUGGUGUACUAGUACAGAAUUCCACUUCUCUUCAUUUCUCUGUCAGUGCUCUACAAACCUGGAGUCUCCACAGCUUCAGAGUGCAGGCCUGCACUGCUAAAGGCUGUGCCCUAGGUCCCCUGGUGGAAAGCCGAACCUUGGAAGCAGCACCAGUAGGAACAGUGACCCUGGAAGUUACCAGUGAAGGACCUCACUCUGUGAGAGCUAAGUGGAUGAGCCCAGCCAAACCAAACGGUCUUUUAACUUAUACCCUCCUUUUCACUGGCAUCUUCUAUCACCACAAAGCUGAAAACUACUCUUUGAAGACUGAUACCAAAGUUCUGCACAGCAGUGAAGAGGCAGGGGAAUGGGUGUCCAUUGGUGGAUUGGUGUCUUAUUCUAACUACACUAUUCAGGUUAAUGCCUGUAACAGCCAGGGAUGUGUAAUAAGCAGUCCUACAACAAUAACUCUACCUCCUGGCGCUCCAGAUGGUGUGCUGCCUCCUAGGCUGUCAUCUGCCACCCCAACCAGUCUUCAGGUUGUGUGGUCGGCACCAGUUCGCAACAACGCUCCAGGCCUGCCCAGAUACCAACUCCAGAUGAAGGCUGCUCAUUCCACUGGUGACAUUAUACAACUUUUUGACAAUGCAACGACUUCCUUCAGCUACAUAACUGAGGGCCUGGAGCCAUAUACAGCUUACGACUUGAGAUUGAUCAUCUCAAAUGCACAUGGAAAUGGGAUCAGUGAAUGGAUCAGAAUGGUGACAGCAGAGGACAGACCUGGGCCAGUGGACCCACCUGUCAUUUCUGAAGUGCAACCAAAAAGGGCAACGAUCACCUGGCAGCACCCAUCCCAACCCAAUGGUGUCAUCACUCACUAUAACAUCUACCAGAACAGCACUUUGAAGGCUACUGCAGCAGGCAACAGCACCAUGUAUACAGUGGCUCAUUUAGAACCCUUCAAGAAGUACACAUUCAAAGUAGAGUGCUGUACAGCAGCAGGGUGCACACUUUCUUCUGAGUCCCGUGCUGUUUAUACCCCCCCAGCACCUCCUGAAGAUAUUCCUGCUCCACAACUAUUCUCUGACAGCCCCACAUCUGUGCUUUUAUCCUGGGAGCCUCCCCUUCACCCCAAUGGUGAGGUGGAGCAUUACACAGUGGAGAGGAGAGUGAAAGGCACCCAACAGAUAUCUACUGUUGCUACUGUGCUGGCUGAUGAGCCCCUAACUUACCUUGACAAUUCAGUGAGUUUAAGUCCCUGGACAAUGUACGAGUAUCGGAUUGUGGCCUCCACUGUCAAUGGAGGCCUCAACAGUAGUGACUGGAAGGAAGUUACCACAAGACCAUCAAGACCAGCCGGACUGCAGCAACCUAAAGUAUUGGUUUUGGGUCCAGAUGGAAUUGAGGUGACAUGGAGUGCUCCACUAAUUUCAAAUGGGGAAAUCCUUCGCUAUGAAAUACGCCUGCCAGAUCCUCGUAUCUCUAUCACGAACAUCUCAGAGUUGAAUUAUACUGUUACUAAACUGAUUCCAUACAGUAACUACACAGUUACCAUCUUGGCUUGCUCUGGUGGUGGUGGUCACACAGGGGGGUGCACAGAGAGCUUACCUACCUUUGUGACUACAUUACCCUCAAUUCCACAGGGCCUUCACCCCCUGUCGGUUAUUGCUGUUAGUCAGUCAUUUCUUGCUAUUUCCUGGCAAUCACCAUCAAGACCUAAUGGACCAAAUCUAAGAUAUGAACUAUUGAGACGAAAAAUCUACCAACCAUUGGCCUCCCAUCCCCCUGAAGAUUUGAAUCUGUGGUACAAUAUUUACGCAGGAGCCAAAUUGUUUUAUGAAGAUAAAGGCCUUAGCAGGUUUACAACAUAUCAGUACAGGCUUCUGGUACACAAUGAUGUGGGAUUCACCUCUGGGAAAGAGGUCAAUGGCACAACACUGGCUGGAGUUCCUGUAAAGCCAAGCACUCUGGAAGCCCAGACAUUGAAUCAUACUGCUAUAGAAGUUAACUGGAGUCAACCAACACUACAGGACAUGCAAGGUGACGUGGACUUCUACACACUCUUCAUUAACUCUUCACACUCCAACCGCUCUGUCACAUUUCCGCCUGAUAUCAACUCUGCAGUGAUUGAAGAGUUGCAACCCAAUACGCAGUACAAGCUCUGUAUCCAAGUCUUCAAUGGGGUUCACACAAUCAACAGUCAGGAGGUCUUUAUCACCACUUCUGAUGGAGAACCAGAGGGGGUUUUCCCUCCUGAGGUGGUUACCAUCAACAGCACAGCUGUUCGGAUAAUCUGGACUGCUCCCUUGAAGUCGAAUGGUGUGGUGACAGAGUAUAAUGUGUACAUCGACAACAAGCAGUACAAGACUGGCAUGGACUUACCUGGAACAUUUGUACUUGGGGACCUCUUGCCUUUCACCGUAUAUACCAUACAGGUGGAGGUGUGUACUGUCUAUGCCUGUGUGAAAAGCAAUGGAACACAGAUAACCACAGUGGAAGAUGAACCUGAUGAAAUGGCAGUACCGUACAUACAGACCAUUAGUUCAAGAUCUCUCCAGGUGGACUGGACAUCACCAGGACGACCCAACGGCAUCAUCCUGGGUUACGAAGUGAGGAGGAGGAAAGUGCAAUCCUGUGAACAGUCACUGAUGGUGCAAGCAGCACAAAAUGGAAGGCAGUGCUUAUAUGUAGAAUGCCUAAUAAAUGAAAACAUAUGUGGGAGCUUGUGCUAUCAGCCAGAGAAUCAGGUCUGCUGCAGUGGAGUUGUAUACAACAGUAAAGCUGGCUAUCAGUGUUGCAAAGACAAAUACAUCCCAGCUGCAAACAGUUUCUCAACAGUGUGCUGUGGUGGUCAUCUGUUUACGCCCCAACCUCACUAUCAGUGCUGUGGAAGAUAUUAUGUUAAGGUUUUACCAGGGGAGGUGUGCUGUCCUGAUGAAGACCAAGUCCGUGUUUCCAUUGGGAUGGGGAACUUUUGCUGUGGUGGGAAACCCUAUGACUCAACAGGCAGCCAGAUCUGCUGUGCAGAAACCCUCCAUGAUGGCUUUCACAAGCAGUGCUGUGGGGAACAGAUUGUAAGCAGGGACCUUCUCUGCUGUGGGAAUGAAAAGAAAGGAACCGUGCACAAAACUUCCCAAGGCAUGUCAUGUUGUGGAGAAGAAUACAUAAACACAUCAAAUACUAUAUGCUGCACUGGCCAUGGUGGGGUAUCCAGACCUCACCCAAAGGGAAAUGAAACAGUUUCAGUGAAGUGCUGCGGAACCGAAGUUAUAGAAUCUGCAGAAGAAUGCUGUGGUGGAGUGGGGUAUAAUCCCUUGAAGUAUGUUUGUGCUGACAAGCCUUCACCUGGCAUACAUUUAAAGCAGCAGGAUUGCAGACCAAGUAUGGUAUGCCCCCUCACCAUGGCUUCUGGGGCAUUCUGUGGCAAAUGUAACUUCAACCCUGCAGUGUCCAUCUGCACUUGGGUGACAGGGUUACCCUCAGCCUCCCCUACUGAAAAACUGGUGGGAACACAAUGUCCCUCACCAGAGGAGCUGGUCUAUACUGGACACCCAAACAGAUACAUGUACACAGACACUGACUUGGAGCCUUACACCACAUAUGAGUACAGAGUGGCUGCUUGGAACAGUUUCGGCUGGGGAUUCAGUCAUUUCAGCAACGCAACUACUGAACAAGAUGUGCCUCAGGGAGUGAGUCCACCUAAAUGGAGCAAAGUGGAUGAUCGUGAAGACAUCAUACGUCUGGACUGGGAGCCUCCUGCACAUCCACACGGUCUUAUCAGUCAUUAUUUCAUUCUCCGAGAUGGGAAUGCGCGAUACCGAGGGACAGAUCGCACCUUUACUGAUGUAAGCGGCAUUCGUCCUUAUCAGGAGUACGUAUAUCAGCUUCAGGCUUGCACUGUUAAAGGCUGUACAGACAGCAGGAAGGUAGUUGCCGUGACUGUCCAGGGAGUUCCAGAGAAUGUCCAUCCGCCGACAGUCACAGCCCUUGGCCCCCGGGCUCUGCAGCUGAGCUGGAGUGUGCCUGCAAAACCAAACGGCAUCAUCAGAGAGUACCACAUCAAUCAGACUGGCAGGGGGCUUAUCUACACAGAUAGCGCUGGUAACAUGCGUCACAUUGUAACAGGUCUCAAGCCCCAUACUAACUACAGCUUCAUGGUAAUUGCCUGCACUUCAGCUGGAUGCAGUGCAAGUCAGCCAUCUAUAGGCAGGACUCUGCAAGCUGGUCCUGAAGGUGUGUGGGCAAGGCCACGGCAUGUGAUUGUAAGUUCUGUCACCGUGGAGCUGUACUGGAGUGAGCCACUGGAGCCCAAUGGGAUUGUAUCUCAGUACCGACUGAUUCGCGAUGGCAUGCCCAUUUUCUCUGGCGACAAAGGAAACCUGAACUACACAGACUCUGGCCUUCAGCCCAACACCAGGUAUGUGUACCAGCUGGAAGCGAGCACAGGGGGAGGGAGUAACGUGAGUGACAAAUAUGUGAUUCAGACCCCUGUGUCAUCUCCUGAGAGGAUUCCAGAUCCAUAUAAUGUCACCGUUAUCGGACCUCGCUCAGUCUUUGUCGCCUGGACACCCCCAGGUAAAUAUAACAGCAGCAUACCAAUACAGUACAAUGUUCUUUUUAACAUUGGAACUGACCAAGCAUUGAUCAGAGCAGCAGGGCAAGACCAGUUCCUGUUAGCUGAAGGACUCUGUCCAUUCACAGAAUAUGAAAUACGUAUCCAGGCUUGCCAGACAGAUGGAUGUGGUGUUGGUAGAAAAGCCCAUGUAAGAACAUCUGAAGCCUCUCCAGAAGAUCAAGAUGUACCCAUUGUAACAGCGUCCGGUUCCUCUGUUAUCGAGGUGAAAUGGCAGCCACCAAGAAAACCCAAUGGAGUCAUCACAGCCUACCUCAUCCACAGGCGACCUGUUGGCACUCAAGAGGAGCUCCUUGUCUUUAUCUGGUUAGAGGGUGCUCUGGAGUUCAUUGAUGCCUCUGAUAUCCUCCGGCCCUAUACCAAAUAUGAAUACCGAGUCAGAGCUCACAACAGCCAGGGGUUCGUGGACAGCCUGUGGUCUUCCACACAAACCCUAGAGGCAGAGCCUGAGGAACUGGCCACUCCGAUAGUUCAGCCCACUAGUGCCUACUCUGUACUGGUCCAGUGGACAAAGCCUGCAUCUCCUAAUGGCAUUAUUGCACAGUACAGGGUGGUCUAUCAGGAACUAAGAAGUGACCCUACUUUCAACUCCUCCUUAGUCACAGCUGUAUCUGUUCCGGGAACAAGUCAAGAAGUUCAUGUCUUUGGGUUGGAGCCCUACACAACAUACAACCUACAUGUAGUUGCUGUGAACAGUGCUGGGACAGUUUCGAGCCCAUGGACAUCAAUUCGCACUCUGGAAGCAUCUCCUAGUGGGCUCAGCAAUUUCACCUUGGAGAAAACAGAAAAUGGAAGAGCACUUUUGCUGAGAUGGUCUGAACCUUUAAAACCCAAUGGUAUAAUCAAGACCUACAAUAUUUUCAAUGACAACAACCUGGAAUUCAGCGGUUUGUCUCGGCAGUUUCUUUUCAGGAGACUUGAGCCCUACACAGUCUACACUUUAGUUUUGGAGGCCUGCACAGAAGUUGGCUGUUCUAGAUCAGUUCAGCAGCCAAUCAGAACAGAAGAAGCUCUGCCCUCUUCCCAGCCUGCACCUGUGACCCAGUCCAUUAAAGCCCAAAGCAUUGAGCUAACGUGGACAAAACCUUCCCAACCAAAUGGGAAAAUAUCUAAAUAUGAGGUCAUCUACAGAACUGCUAGGGGCGGCAGGCACAUCAGCAUGGAGGAAAUCCCUCUUGAAGGGAAUGUCUUGUUUACCGAAAAUAACACAGACAAUGAUACUUUUUUCUACAAUGUCACAAAUUUAACACCUUGGACAAAGUAUGAGUUCAGAGUGCGAGUCUGGAAUUCAGCUGGCUACACAGACAGUCCAUGGCUAAUGGUGGAGACUAAACAGGCUCCUCCAAAAGGCCUUGCUGCUCCAACCAUCAGAUAUGUGGAAAGGAAUCCUCAUAAGCUAUUUGUUUCAUGGGCCCUUCCAGAAGAAGUCAAUGGGAUCCUGCAAUUUUACAGAAUACAGAAAGGUGAUUUUGUUUAUCCUUUCAGUUUUGAUGCCACUGUAUUCAACUACACAGAUGAAGGCCUCUUACCCUAUACUUUGUACAGCUAUGCAAUUAUUGCAUGUACUAUGGAAGGGUGUACUACCAGCCCACCAACUAAGAUCAUAACAUUAGAGGCAAGUCCUACAGCUGUAGAUCCACCUUUAAUGACCAACAUUACUUCAACGCAAAUUAAUAGCUCAUGGACCGCACCAAAGGUUCAGAAUGGAGAAAUAACUAAAUACACACUACUAAUAAAUGGAGAAGAACAUUACAGUGGGAAGAAGCAAUACAGUUUGAUUACUGGUUUAGAACCCUACACCAACUACGAGUUCAUCUUAAUUGCAUGUACAAAUGGUGGUUGUACCUCUAGUUCACCAAAGUCCUCUUAUACAAAGGAAGCACCACCUUCCAACAUGAGAAUUCCCACACUGAAGGUGACAGGGUCAGAGUCUGUAGAAAUCACCUGGAAAGAUCCUCUACAUGCCAAUGGAGUGAUUAAGAGUUAUGAGUUAAGAAGGAAUGGUGUUCUCAUCUAUGCAGGACUGGACACUGAGUAUCAUGACUUCAGCUUGCUGCCAAGUAUUGAAUAUAGCUAUACUGUGACUGCAAGCAAUAGUCAGGGAAGCACAACCAGCCCUGUCGCUAAGGCAAGGACAAAUCCAUCAGCCCCUUCUGGUGUUGCUCCCCCAAAACUGCGUGCUUCAAGCUCCAGUGAUGUUCUAGUGAUGUGGGAUCCUCCAGCUAGAGCCAAUGGGGAAAUAUUAAACUAUACCAUUUUCAAACGGGAUCCAGGAGAGACCAACAUCAAAAGCAUUGUCUUUCCUCCCAACCAUAGUGCCUACUUUAGCCGGUCCUUCCCUCUAUCAAGCCUGAAGCCAUACUACAGGUAUGAAGUAAGAGUAGAGGCUUGUACCCUACUGGGCUGUGCUUCAAGUGACUGGGCUUUAGUCCAGACAUUGGAAGCUCCACCUGCAAAUCAACCUGCACCAAAAAUUGAACUCCAGGAAGCCUCAGAUGGGAUGCAGACUGGCUUUUUGAUAACAUGGACUAUGCCCACACAACCCAAUGGAAGGAUUCUCCACUUUGAGCUGUACAGAAGAAAUUUCCUCAUUAUGGAUACCACCUCAGCUGCAGUCCUGGUUUACAAAAACACAACAAUGUCAUUCAAAGAUGAAAACUUGCGCCCAUUCACGGAGUAUGAUUAUCAGGUGUGGGCAGUGAAUUCUGCAGGACAAGUUGCCAGCUCCUGGAGCCGUGGCCGAACAGGUCCAGCACCUCCCGAAGGACUUCAUCCCCCAACCUUUCUCCAGGUGCAGGCUACCUCUGCUGUAGUCAACAUCAGCCUCCCCACCAAGCCAAAUGGUAUCAUCAGCCUCUACAGAGUCUUUGCAAACAACAGGGAUUCCCACCUCUUGCUGUCCGAAGGAACAUCAAGACAGCAAACUAUUCAUGGGCUCCAGCCCUUUACUACCUACUCUGUGGGAGUGGAGGCCUGCACCUGCUUCCACUGCUGCACCAGAGGGCCACUAACCCAGCUAGUCACCCUGCCGUCUUCCCCCUCCAAUCAACCUGCACCCCACAUCCACAGAGUCACAUCCAGAUCUGCCAGUGUGGAGUGGCAGGAUCCCCUCUCUCCAAAUGGCAUUAUUGAGAGCUGUGAGCUUCAUAUCCACACUGCUUGUCCUCAGCCAGUGCAGCCAGUCCUGACUCCCUGUACCCCAUCGCUGAGUGAAAUGAAGUACUUUGGAAAGGAGCAGAGUUACAAUAUAAGUGACUUACAACCAUACACCACCUACAAUCUCAGAAUCAUCUGCUUCAAUUCUGUAGGGAGCACAGCCUCUAAGUGGAUAUCCUUUACUACUCAAAAAGAGCAACCAAGGUACAGAGCUCCAUUCAUUAUCAUCAGCAAUCUGACAACCGUGUACCUCGACUGGAGUCACUCCUUUAUUCUGAAUGGGCAACUCCAGGACUAUGUUCUAACAGAGAAUGGCAUUCGUCUCUACAGUGGUUUUCACAGCACUUUGUAUAUUCCCAGAACCUCUGACAAAACCUUUGUGUUUCAGGUUACAUGUACCACUGAUGUGGGUAGUAUCAGUACUCCCAUUAUUAAGUACAACACGGCUACAGGCAUUGGUCCAGUGGACCCCACAGCUGGGGGGAAAACAGGAAUGCAGGACUCUGAUUCAAAGUUCUAUACUGAGCUGUGGUUCAUCAUCUUGAUGGCCAUGCUUGGCCUCAUUCUACUGGCCAUCUUCCUGGCCCUGCUGCUGCAGAGGGCUCUCCACAAGCCCCCAUUUGCCAGGGAGAGACCACCACUAGUACCUAUUCAGAAGAGGACUUCUACGUCUGUCUACCCACCCAAUGACACCUACAUGCAGAAAACCUCUUUCUCUGAAAAUGCCUCUAAUCCAAUUUCCAGUGCAGCUCCUUCUGCAUCUCCUCACCAAACACAACAGUGUGCAGAGAUGUUUGAUACUGUUCCGGAUACAUCUGAUUCCACCAGCAGUGUCACUCUUAAAAGCUUUACAAUGCAUUUAGAGGGGCUGGCAGAUACAAAAAUACCUGGAACAGGAUCACAUAUCCUCAACCACAGUAAUCAGAACAUGUCUGUUCUUCGAGUGCCAAGCCAAACUCAGCUGAGCCGUGUGUACUCUCAGAAUUCCCUGCAUCGCAGCGUCAGUCAGCUGAUUGACAUCCACGAUAAGAAGUCUCUGAUUGAGGACUCAGUCUGGGAUACGAUAUUACAUGGCCAUGACAGUGGAAUGUUUGUCGAAGAUGAAGAGUUUACUGACACUAUAAAAGGCUUCAGCACAGUGAGAAAGGAGCACACUAUGUUUACAGAUACUCAUUUGUAAUAGACUGAAGAAAUGAUUCAACACAUCUAGUGGUUUAAGUAAUCUACAAAUUGCUAGAAGCAAACCAUUAUGUACCAAAUUGAGCUUACACUGAAGCUUACAUUGAGUUUUAAGUGAUUUUCAAUUCAUUGUGCAGUGUAAGCAGCUUUCCUUUCUUGGGUGUAUACAUUUCAGUUUAUCCUUUCCAAUGCUUUAUGGAUUGUAUGAAGGCUCAUAAAACAAGAUGACAUAUUUAAGAGCUUUAAAACAACAAAUUAUGCUUGUAACCCUAACAGCUUGAAGAAAUAUUGUGAUUUAUGAACUGUAGGUGUUGCACAUAUUUUCAACAGAGCACAAAGCUUAAAGUUGUACAUUUGGAAAAGAAUGAAAUUAAUAAGUGACUGGACAGGGGUACUUCAAGUUGUAUGACUGAAUUGAAUAUACAGCAUUUGUAAGAAGUACUGUUUUCUGAAUGCAUUAAAAUAUGCCUUAAAUAAUUCUGUACUUCAAAGAACCAGAGAAUAAGAUCAAAUACAUAUGGUUCAUGAAGCCUGUUAUUUUAAUUGAGUAAAGGAGUUUAAUUUCAGGUGAUGGAAUUCAGCCAACAAACUUAGAAUUCACCUGAGAGAAUCAUUCAUCUGAGGGAAUCAACUAUUUAACUGUUUUAAUUGCUUCCCAUUAGAAAAUGUGAAAGGUCCUAAUUCACAAAAUGGAAACAUGACAGGUAUCCACCUCAUCCCUUCUCCCACUGCGACCCUAUUCAGAAAUGGUGUCUGGGAGGUAAACACUGCCAUUCACUGACAGUCAACAGUCACUACAGUAACACCUGAUGUUUGAGAGAACUUCAAUCCUUUAUUAACAAGGAAUAAUAAUCCUUGUUUAGGAUGACCUGCCUAAUGAUAAAUGCCUCCAAAAUCUAAUGCCAUAGACAAAUACCACUGUAAAAAUAGUUAAUAUUUAGUGAUACAUAUCUUGUGCAUUCUUGAUUUCUUUCUUUAAAAACACCCCAAAAGUAUGUCAAGCUCCUGGACACAUAUGUGUAUGUUUCUUCAUAGUAUACUAACCAUUGUGAAUGAAUAAACUUGUACUAUGUAUUAGUCUAAGAUGAAAUAUGUAUCCAAAUAGCAAGUGCUAGCAUUCUAGUAUCUUUAAAGUGAUGACUCUAUUCCAAAUAUGUUUAAGGCAGGUCUACUUUGCGUUUAUCCUUUUCAAUCUGCUCUGCUGCAGUGCUAUGAUACUAAUAAUCUGUUCAAAGGAGCUGGUUACUGAGAGUGAAUUGUGAGGGCCUUAUGUUGAAAAGCCCUGAUUUAUGUUAAUUUCAUAGAAACUCAAUGAGUCUGCAUCUGAGACUCAUCCAGGGAUUAAAAAAGCAUGGCCAAAGCAAUGCCUAAAACAAAGCUGGCUCAAAAAAGCAGAGCCCAACAGAAUUAAUGUACAUAACAAAUUAGGUGAAACAGAAAUACAGUACACUGCUCUGCGUGAAGGCAGGCUUGCUUGCAAAAAUCAGACAACCCAGCAUGGCAAUCCAGAACAACCACAAUUAACUAUUGUUCAAUUCUAAUUUAAUUAUUUAGUCCAAUCCAGACAUAAUAGUCUAAUUUUGUACACCAAAUGUAAUUCUGAUUUAAAGCCAUGAUUGAGCAAAUAUAUGUUAUGUUUUUUAAGUAAGAUGUGAAUUCAUACAUGUGCUAUUGAAACCAGCAUUUUCAGUCUAGUAUAUGUGAAAAAAGUGUUAGAAGCUGAAAAUGCUUACAAUUUUUUUAUCUUUACGGUGUUUAUCAAUGUGUAAAUGAACCCUAUCUUACAGUGAAACUCAAAGUAACAGCAGCAUAACACAUAAUGAAAAUUUCAUAUCAUAACCCUAAUCAUUAAGACCCAAAUAUGUCAAACAUUUUCACUCUAGAGGCUGAGAAUGAAAGUUGAUUAGGGAUAAAUGAAACUGUGCCUAUCAUAAUGAGCAAGAUGAAGCAUGUUUAUUAACAUUUUAAAUGAUUUUCUUAAACAGCCAACUCUUUAUUAUUAUUUGUAUAUACCAGUGUGCUACCUUUAUUGUUAUUUUGUAUUGUUCCAGUUUUCUCAACUUCAAAAAGUGUAUCAUCUCUUAAGAGUUUUGCUUCACUUACACCAUGUUGAAUGGAUUGAACAUAAACCUCUUCCUAUUGUGUUUAAAAAUAAAAUAGGUAUAGGUUAUGUUUUAAAGUUUGUUUGUUUUUUUUACAAAUGACAGUGUUACUUAGGGCAUAGAACUAAAAUACUGUAUUUAAAUUUAAAAGGCAUUUUGUUAAGCUUUUUCUGUUCCUAACCAAUGGGAAACUGUAAUAACUAUUAGCUGAAUGAAACACAAAUGUUAUCUAAUGCUUCCUAUACCAAUAUUCAAAUUAUUUCGGUUCUUUAGUUUUGAAGCUUCAUUUCUGAAAUUAUUAUAUUAAUAAGGUUUCCAGAAAACAAGAACCAUCCACUGAGUACAAUGGUGUGCUAAUGUGUAAGCUGAUGAGUAUGUUUUCAACCUUUUUUGAUAUCACGUGCAUUCUAUCAUUGCAAUUUUGACAUGUUGAUCUAGGGUCAGAUCUAUCAUUUUGGACAAAAAUGUUGUCACCAUAAAUAUAUAAGUUAAAUAUUUUUAUUUUGUUAUUUUUAGCAAAUGCACAUUGACGUGUAUACUUUAUGUUGUAAUACAUAGGUUUUUCAAUGAUUCAGUGCAAUUUUCAAAGCAAGAAGGGUAUGUGAACAAUUUAGUGCACUUAGCAUUUUAAAGAUGAUAUUCACAUUCAUAACUAACCAUGCACAGUACCUAAAUGCACAAGUAACCCAACAAUUAGGCUCUACAAUUUAAAACUAAAUCAAAUAAUACUCUUUAUAUUGGUUGAAUCUUCCAUCGAAAGACUUACCCAUUAUGUUGAACCGUCAAGAUGUAGACAGAAACUGAAAUGUUCAUGUUCCAGUACUGGAAAACUCAGAUUUAUUUUUCCAGUUUCAUUUCUAUUGCUUUGUAUUUUAAUCUUCUUGAAUAUUAACAUGGCAAACUGGGGAAUUCCCUGAAAGUCAGUAUUAUUUUAGCAUUAUCACCAAUGUGAAAGGUGUGGAUAAAAUUACUGUUUUGUGUUGGUUUUUUUUGCUUUAAAAUUUACUCUGCAUGUAAAGCCACAUUAAUUUGUCUGAAAAAUCAAUGUAGCCUGAUUUGUAUACUGUAUAGUGUUGGUCCUAACUAACCUACCUCCAUUAAUUAAUUAACUAAUUUUUCUUAGUAUUUUCUGUGUGAUGAAUGUAGUCUGAGACUAAGUUCAGGACCUUUCCAAGUUUACUUACCGUAUUCUGAAUGUUUAUGUUGUAAUGUUGUAUUGAAAUGUAUUAUUGUAUUUUUUUUUGUGACCAAUUCCUACUGUACAAUAUUGCUCAAUAGGAAUGUGUGAUAUUUGAUAAGGAAUAAAGCGGUAAAAAAGGU